AUGGUCGGAACAUCAGCAUCUGCGCCAGCUGCGAUGGGCGCAGGGCACUGUCUCGUCGGCGAGCCUCGCAUCCAUGCUCCUCCACCGCUUCAGCUACCACUGCUAUCGCUCGGCACACUCGGUGCUCAGACGGUAUGGUCGAUGGACAUGGCCUUCGCGCCGCCGUACCUGCUCGAUUUGGGUCUGUCCAAGUCAUCGAUGGCUGCAGUCUUCGUGGCUGGUCCCCUCUCCGGCCUUAUCGUUCAGCCUCUGAUCGGAAGUCUGGCCGACAACAGCACAUCUAAGUACGGACGGCGUCGACCCUUUUUGGCAGCCGCCACCCUCAUCUGCGCGCUCAGCAUUCUCCUUCUUGGCUUUGCACGCGAGGUCGCGGCAUGGUUUACGACUGCGGACAGCAAGGGACAUCAAAAUUUGGCUAUCUUGAUCGGUGUCGUAUCGGUCUACCUGGUCGACUUCUCCGUCAAUGCCGUCACAGCGCUGGAUCGCGCGCUCAUGGUCGACGUGGCGACAACCGAGGACCAGGCAGAAGCCAAUGCAUGGGCUGCUCGUCUGACAGGCGUCGGCUCGGUGCUGAGCUUUCUCAUUGGCAAUCUCGAUCUGCCGAAAGUGGCACCCAGGAUUCUUGGAACGACGCAGAUUCAGAUCGUCUCGACGCUCGUCUGCAUUAUCCUCAUCACGACGCACGUACUAGUCGUGUUGCGUGUAGAAGAGCAGGUACUGGCCGAGGCACGCCCACAAACCUCGGCAAAGUCAAAACGACUCGGACUCGUAGCCAUCCUUUCCGACUUAUAUACCCAAGCACGAGCGCUGCCGGCCCCCAUCAUCGAGAUCUUCAAGGUGCAGUUCUUUGCGCAGAUCGGUUGGUUCCCGAUUCUCUUCUACAGCACUGUCUGGGUCGGCGAGAUCUACAAGGCGGAUGUGCGGCUCAAUGGCGGCAAGCAGAGUGAUCACGAGCUGUUCGAGCAAGCGACACGCGCUGGCAGCCACGCUUUCUUCUGGCAUGCAAUCCUCUCGUUGGUCACCUCGAUCGUCCUCCCACUCGUGGUACCGAAUCCGGUUCUCGAAUCUCACACUCAUCCGGUUUGGUUCCCAAACUCAAGUCUACUGCGCAAGCUUCGGAGCUUGCGGGAACGCUGCCCAGAGCUGCCGUUCUGGUGGCCGUUUGCCAGCUUCGUGUUUUUCAUCUCGAUGAUGGGCACCUACUUCGCUGGACUCACCAAGAGCGUCUUCCUGGCGACGUGGGUAGUGGCUUCGGUCGGUUUUUGCUUCGCGAUAGCCAACUGGAUUCCGAUCGCUUUGCUUGGCAUUCUCAUUCAUACUCAGCACGUCCCCGACGUCGCUCAUCGAAUUGGCACUACAGGUCGAUACGCAUCUUCUAGUCUCACAGCCGGUGCUCACCGCGAAGCAGACGACGUGACGAUGGCGCUGCUUGGUGACAGUCUUCACGAAGCGGACGGGCAAGGAAGGUCCAUGACUCGCACGCCCUCGUACGACUCUUCCUCCGACAAACGCCCACGCCCGAGGUCACGCAUCCGGAGCGACGACGACUCAGACGAAGAAGAGCUGCAGGAUGCACUCUCGUUCGGAGCGCAAAGUUUGCACGAGGAGGCCAAUAGUGACCGAGAUGCCAGCGAUGUAGAGAGGGGAGACGACCCGAUCAAAGCCGUCGAGAGCACGACACUGCACGCGGGUAGCGUGCUCGGACUACACAAUGUGGCGAUUGUCGUUCCACAAUUCCUCGUCACGGCGAUCUCCUCGCUCAUCUUUGCGAUAAUGGAACCGGACAACGGCAGCGGAAGCGACGGAGGCGGUACAGGCGAAGGAGCGGCCAAAAGCAGCGAUACUUUGGGUCUCAUCUUUCGACUUGGUGGCUUUUGCGCUCUUAUCGCGGGCAUCUUGGCGGUUCGCCUUGUGCGACGGCACGGUCCCGAGCUACGAGGUCAUUAA